AGUUCAUUCUGUGAAAUGGCCCAGCAUCCUCCUCCCUCUCUGCUGAUAUAAAAUAUAAACUGCUCUCUCUGCCUCCUCAGUAUCACAGACCAACAACACAGAGAACUCAUAAACUGCUCCGUCCUCAAGCCCCGCUGAAGCUGUUGACAUGGCAACGAACACCUCAUCCAAAUAUCACAAAAUCCCCCGCAAAGUUCUAAUCCAAGGAUCUCCUGCUGUCUACCAGUUGAAACUUAAGAAGGAGAACAUUCAACCUCAGAGAACAGUUAAAGAUAACAUUGGAACUCUGACAAGAAUGACUCUUGGUGAAACAAAUCCAAACAAGAUAAAUAAAACCAUCUUACUUGUUGGUGAAACAGGAACAGGAAAAUCUACUCUGAUCAACGCUCUGGUCAACUACGCCAUGGGAGUGGAGUGGGAGGAUGAUGUCUGGUUUCAGAUCGUAGAAGACGAGAAGAGAAGUCAAUCAGAAAGUCAGACAUCAGAUGUGAUCGUGUACCAGAUCUUUGGUUUUGAAGAUAAACCUCUGCCCUACUCUCUGACCAUCAUCGAUACUCCUGGAUAUGGAGACACCAGAGGGAUCGAACAAGAUGCCAGCGUCAGUCAAAGAUUAUUAGACUUGUUUCACUCAAAGGAUGGAGUUCAUGAGAUUAAUGCAGUGGGUCUGGUGCUGAAGGCGAGUGAGAAUCGACUGACUGACCGAUUGAGGUACAUCUUUGAUUCAGUGAUCUCUCUGUUUGGAAAAGACAUAGAGAAGAACAUUGUUGCUCUCAUUACACACUCAAAUGGUCUGACACCUGAAAAUGUUCUGAAAGCUCUCGAGGCUGCAAACAUUAAAUGUGCCAAAGAUGAAGAGAAUGAGACUGUUCACUUCCUGUUUGAUAACUGCCAGAGCACUCAGAAAACAAAGAAAAAUAAGGUUGCUUUGAAAGGUGCAUGGGAAGUAACAAAGGACCAAAUGGGCCAAUUUGCUGAUUUCCUGACAGAAAAUUCCCCUCAAAAGUUGGAGACAACUGUUGAAGUGUUGAAUACACAUACCAAACUGACAGCCUGCAUCCAAGACCUGCAAGACAGAAUUGAGUCGAUUGAUCUAAAACAGACAGAAAUCCAGCAGACUCAGGAAGGUCUGAAGAAGUAUGAACAAGAGAUGAAGAACAAUAAGAACUUUACUGUAGAAGUUGAUGAGGUCUACACAGAUACAGAACGUAUCGAUGGUGGGAAGUGGGGGUUCUUGGGGUUAUUUUAUGAAGGAGCGGUCUGCUGCAAAACGUGUAAGAGGAACUGUCACUAUCCUGGAUGCACAGUGGCCUGGUAUCCAAGAGACUGUGAGAUCAUGAAUGGUGGUCGUUGCACAGUAUGUCGUUGUUCCGUAUCAGCUCAUGUCAAAGAAGAGUGGAAGUAUGUGAACAAGACAAGAAAAGUGAAAAAGACCCUGCAAGAUGUGAAGGACAAGUAUGAAAGGAACAAGGCAGGAAGUGAGAGCGAGUUGAGCCUUUUGGAAACUCUUAAGAAAAACAUGGAAGAACUUCAGAAAGAAAAAGAUCAGUUGUUGGAAGAGUCCUUUCAGCAUGUUGUCAAACUGGAGCAAAUUGCCCUGAAUGUUAACUCAGUGUCUAUUUAUGACCACUUGGACUUCCUGAUUGAGAAGAUGACGGAGAAAGAGGACACAGGGAAGAAGAGGAAACUGGAAGAGAUGAAAGGUCGAAUGGAUAAAGAUGAAGGAAUCAAAGCAGCGCUGCAAUACGGGUUUAGUAAACUAACAGGAGCUGGUAAAGCAAAGAGACAAAGAACUACAUGAUCAGAAUCCCUGUGAGAAAAUAACUGUAGAAAACAAUGUCUACACUAAAAAUGUGUUUCAUAUCAUUUAAUAAAUAUUACAUUGCGAUCACAUUUUAAAUGUCAAAUGUGUAAUUCUUGAAAAAAGUGCCCUCUGUGGUGUAAUGACUGUUUCUGUUUGUCCUUGUAGUUGCAUGUUUAGUCACCACAUUCUCACUCCUGUUUUUUCUUGUAGUUUCAUGUUUUAUCACCACAUUCUCACUCCCAACACGCAUGGUCAGGAACCCCUGGUACAUUUGGACAAGUCCAAUUUGGCGUCAGUUUUUAAUGUGCUUGGUCAGGAACCCCUGGUGCCACUUCUUAACAAUCUGGGCACCUCUGUGGGGUAAUUUUCAAUGUGCAGGGUAAAACCACUUAGUUAGGGUUGGGAAAGGAUGGUGGAUAGGGUUAAAAGAUAUGAUGUGCGUUUAAGUGACACACAGGACAAGAACGGAACACGAACCCAAUCUCCUGGGGGAAAGUCCUGUGUUGCUUGUUUUAUUUUCGGUCUCUAAUACUAAUUCCUACCUUUGAUGCUCUUCAUACUUUAAGGGUGCCAUGUGCAUCGGUAUCUGACACUGAGGGCCACUGACCAAGCAUCAGCAUGAUGAUGAGUUGGGAGUGAGAAUGUCUUGGUUUAAACAGCUCUGGUUUUAAAUGCAGUGAGGACGCCCCCCCUGCUGUUUAAUGUUGAGUACAGCAGCUCCCUCCCUCCAUAUCACAAACUGAAGUCAGAUCACAAAUACAUUUAUUAUUCUUUACUUUCUUUGUGUGAGUUAAAUGUUUCAAAUGAUUUCCUAAUGUACUGUUCAGUCAAUACAAGGCUGUGAUUUAUUCUGAUGUGUUUUAAUGAUUAUUUUGUACUACUUUUGUUUCUUCAUUUUGAGUGAUUAAAUAUAUUCUGUUGUUCUAAAUGAUAUAAUAUCCUGUCUGAUGUAGUUUUCUGUGAAUCAUUAAUAAAAUAUCUGCUUGAUGAAACCAGUUUGCUCCGAGUGUCUUCACUGGAUCAUCAGCAGCUUUUUGAGUCUGUCGAACUUUCUUCAAGAAACGUCUGUUUGUCUUUGUUAUGUUAAUUAUACAAUUGUAUGUUAUAGACUUAGACCUUGCCUCACUAGAUACACUAUAUACUCACAGAAAUACAUAAAAAGAUAGUUUACACUUACAACUUAAAAGUUCUGAAUAUGUUGAUGUGUUGUGUGUUAACGUCCUGAUAAUUACUUUUUACACUGGUUAUAAAAUUAUUUUAUUG